AUGGCAGUGUCUGUCACGCUGGUCAUCUUCUUUAUCGGCGUCGCCAUUGUCGCUGUCACCAUCAUGGGCAUCGCCGCAACAUCCAAGCGAGUCCGCCAAUCCCGCCUCCUUCACCGCCAGCGAUUCGAAUCAGGCGCGUCUCGUAUUCCGAUCGACGUGGAAAUGGAUGCGCCUGACGUAAAUCAGCCGCGCGACCAAAGCCAGGGCGGUUACUUUGAUAUUCCUACGCGCGCUACUGUUGGCGAGCACCCGCCCAUCUAUGUCGUCGAGGACAUGGAGCACCCGCCACCCAUCUAUGAAGCGGUCUACUCGGUACCAGAGAGACCUACGGUCCAGGAACUUACAAGAUUGAGAACGUGUCUAGAAACGCUCAAGAGGCAGCCGCCGACAGUUGACACGACGAGCUACGACGUGGCUAUUCGCCAGGCGUCCAUCUCGAGCUUGCAAUCGUGGAUUAUGAAGCUGGAAACGCUAAGACAAAGUUUACCCAGAGAGAGUUCGUUUGCACGAUCUACUAUUCGCAUGUUCACGUCGUCGUCGGACAGCGAUAGUCCCACGGAAGAGGUGUCAGUGGCUCGGAUCCGGCCCAGCGCGGGCUUGCACCGGCUGGGGAUGAGGCAGCGCGAGACGGGUUGGGUUGGUGUAGGCCAGCCCCGCGAAGUGCGCCCGCCGCUAGAUCCCAUUGAGAAUACGCUGUCACUCUAUAUCCCGGAUGAGGAGAGUGAGGAGGAGGAGCGUCGAUUUGAUAUACUCCGCCGGCAGGCCAUGGAGAGGCGGAUGCGCGCAAUGGCCGUCUAA